AGGUUGGAUUUCAAUCGAACUCUAUUCAUUUCAAUUUAUUUUGGACCAGAGUCCUGAGAUUGCAAAAGCUAUUGAUCAGUCAAGAAACUACGUUAUUCAAGUCAAGAAGUUGGACAUUCCGCCGUUUGCUGGGUCCAGUGCGAUCCUUUUUGCGCAGAUUGUCUAUUAGAUUGUGAGAACGCCGGCCUGAACGAAUUCCAAACCUUUUUAUGACCUUAACAUAUGCUGCACGCAUCUCAGCGGUUAAAGCCUAGGUGAACGAAAAUAGAUAAAUAUACAGAGAACACCAGCGCAAACUACUUAAAGGUGUCGGCUUCAUCGAAACAGAGGAUAUAUUUUUUACCUCUGGAUAGCGGGCUAAAAGUAACGCUCACAACUAAGUUGGAGGCUUCCGAAUGCAGCUUUAGUAAAUGAUUACGGAUAUGAAAAUGUGUUGAUUAACGGAACCAAAUGCUUCAAUGCCUCUUCGCACAUAGACGGUUCACUCCACGGGGAAGAAGAUAUUCGAAAUAGCGCUCGACGAGGAGAGAUACUUCGACAUACUGUAAAGACACCAUAUGUAUAUAAUGAUAUCAACUGACCAAGUAGAGGGAUGUGAUACUUGGACAAGAAAUAUCAGCCGCUAGAAAAAACAAAGAAUUUUACACGUGCUACAAAACAACUGACGAUGAAUCAGGUGCAUUUGCUGCUGACUUUGUUGGUUGGGGUUAUUUACUUUCAAGAACUGGAAGGCAACCCCGAUGCCCGUAGGCUGUACGAUGAUUUGUUCAGAAAACGAAAGUACAAUAAACUCAUCCGUCCAGUAGGCAACAACACGGACAAACUGACGGUCAAAUUGGGAUUGAAGUUAACUCAGCUCAUAGAUGUGGAUGAAAAGAACCAAAUAAUGACAGUGAACGUUUGGUUGUUGCACGAAUGGAACGACACUAGCCUGCUCUGGAAGCCUAUCGAAUACGGAGGAGUUAAAAAAUUAUUUGUUCCAGUUGGUGAUAUUUGGAAACCCGAUAUUGUGCUCUACAACAAUGCGGAUGGCAACUAUCAAAUUACAAUUAUGACCAAAGCGACAGUUUACCAUUAUGGGAGAGUCAAAUGGGAACCACCUGCAAUCUAUAAAAGCUACUGUCCGAUCAAUGUAGAGUUCUUCCCAUUUGACGAACAGAAUUGUCAUAUGAAGUUCGGAUCUUGGACAUACGACGGAUUCCAAGUGGAUUUAAAACACAGAGAGCAUCCGGAUAUCCAGGACGACAUCCGGAUUGAGAACGGAGUCGACGUGUCUGCGUACUCCAGGAGUGUGGAGUGGGAUUUGAUGGACGUGCCGUUUUCAAGGAAUACAAAAUAUUACCCUUGUUGUCCUGAACCAUAUCCUACCAUCACAUAUAACAUCACAAUUCGCAGGAAGACUCUUUUCUAUACUGUCAAUCUAAUUAUACCCUGUGUGGCCAUAUCAUUCCUCACAGUGUUAACAUUUUAUCUGCCAUCACACAGUGGAGAGAAAAUCACACUUUGUAUUUCCAUUUUGCUGUCUUUGACUGUGUUCUUCUUGCUGUUGGCAGACUUGAUUCCCCCGACGUCUCUGGUGAUCCCACUAAUCGGGAAGUAUCUGCUUUUUACGAUGAUCCUUGUGUCGUUAAGUAUCAUAGUGACAGUGAUGGUUCUGAACGUCCACUUCCGGUCCCCUGCCACUCACAAAAUGUCUCCUUGGGUGAAGAAAGUGUUCCUGUCCAUCUUGCCUCGUCUGCUGCUGAUGAGAAGGCCAAAACUAGAUACGGACAAGGGGGCAAAGGUACCCGUGGGCGCUGUAAACGGCGUUAGUGCCAAAAGUCCUUACACUGCCGAUACCUACGAUAACUUGCCCGGUAACCCCAGUGAUCCUCUGCUUGAAGAUUCGGACGCGGCUUUACUGAAGUACCCGUGGCCCGUGCAGCGUGCCCUGCAGGGAGUGAAGUUCAUCGCAGAUCACUUGAAGUCUGAGGAUCAGCAGCAUAGCGUUGAAGAAGACUGGAAAUAUGUUGCAAUGGUUUUGGACAGACUAUUCCUGUGGAUCUUCACGCUCGCCUGCUUGGUGGGAACUCUUGGUAUCAUUUUGCAAGCACCCACCAUGUACGAUGGCAGAACCCCGCUCAACAUUGCAAACAGCGACGACUAUCAAUAGGGCUUCGCGCUGCGGGCCAAUGACUUUUUAAUCAUCUCAUUGAACAUUUUAAAUCCCAUAUGGAGCACACCAGACUUUGCAUGUUGUUAUGGUGUUUUAACUAGUCAGACAUUUUGAUGUUAACUUUUAGAAUUGCGGGUCUGAGAUUGAAUUUAAUUUAGAAAAUUGAUUUGAAAUGGUCGAGUGGUGUGUGGCGAAUUAGGUCUGGAUUCAAAUGUAGAUCUAGUAAGUAUGUAAAUGUAGAAGCCGUAAAAAAGUUGGUAACUAAGCGGGUUACGGAAUUUCUUAAAUUGCAUUUCCCGGUGCUUUUAUUUCCAAGAAAUACGAGGGGUUAAUGUAAAUCCAACGCCGGUGAUUAUGAAACGCACUUGCUGUCGGUGUUUCAGUGCUGGUU